GGAUAUUUAUUCAGGGAUUGUCACUCUUUCGAACAUGAUACAAAAGUCGAGCUACAUUUACGUUCAUUGACUUGAAAAACGGCAUGGGACAAUUUUACAUUCGUGUGACAGAAAAGAAUACUUGACAUACUUCAAAUUAUUGGUGAUUUACGGCAGUUAAUAAAUCUUUGGAAUAUUUAUAAGAAAAGGAAACAAGAUGGCAAAUCGGCCCAGGGGCUACGGCUUGACCAGUGAGGUCAACAGCAGGAUAAACAAAAAGUACAGUUUCGAGUUGGAGCAGGAGGCCCGACAGUGGAUGGAGGCAGUGUUACAGAGACCAUUAGUAGAGGGUGAAGAUUCCGAUACCCCAUUGGGCGAGGAAAAGUUCCAGGCGGCCCUAAAAGAUGGAGUUUUAUUAUGCGAAUUAAUGAACACUCUAAAGCCAGGGGCAAUCAAGAAGAUCCACCGGGUGGCGUCUGGCAGUUUCAAGCAGUUCCGGGACAUGGAGAACAUCGAGAAUUUCCUGAAUGCCAUCGUGGCGUACGGUGUCGCCGUCACCGACAAGUUCGGUACCGCCAACCUCACAGACAGAAACAACGGCAUGGCCAUCGUUCUUAACUGUAUACACGCCGUGGGACGGGCGGCCCAGAAGAACGGUUUCGAAGGUCCCACUCUUGGACCAAAAGAAUCACAGUACAACCCAAGAAACUUCGACGAGGAAACGUUACAUGCAGGCCAAAAGAUGAUAGGUCUACAGUACGGUUAUACACAAGGUGCCAGUCAGAAGGGAAUGAACUUCGGCAAGACUCGGUCCAUCACGGACUGAUCACGGAUAACACAGAUAUUAGAAACUUUUUUACAAUUCCACUCGUCUGCGUUUUCAUGUGAAGCAUUUUCAUGUGAAGCAUAAGGCUUGCAACACGUGACACAGAUCUCUUUCAAACUUAAAGGGGCACAAUAUAGGGGAGAUGCAAACAAUAUUUUUUUAUAAUGUAUUGAAUGAACAAAAACACACAUUAUUUGUGUACAAUAAAAAACUAUAUUUUGGAGCUGUUUUUACAGGGGAAUUCGAAAACCCCAUUUAUAUUAUGUCAUAUAAAAGAAAUUAAGGAUGAAUUUCAUUUUGUUAUAAGAUGUAGUUGUUUCGAUGACCUUCGAUGAAAUUUCAUAAAAAAGUAUUUUUAUGUUGAGCCAAGCAUGUUUAAGUUUACUCAACUUGUUAGUAGAAAUAACAUACCAAAUAUUGUAAAUUUAUGUAUUUCCUUGGAACAGGCAAAAUAAAAACUUGUUAAUUCAUGAUAUUGCUUAAGUUUUGAUCGUAUAGUCAUUUGUUGUAACCAUAAACCACCCGCGUUUCCAUAGUGCAGUGCCGUAGCUACACUGAGGCACACCGGGAUAGCUGCCUCGGUGUUUUUUUGAGAAUUUAAUAAUUUCUAUAGCUCUAAAAAUAACUCUUUUCGACUCACUUCAUUUGCCUCAAUGUACACAAACAUCGAACAAAGAUACUCCAGAAUGCAGGAAAUCGCUUCUUGCAAAAAAAAAAAAUUCCGGAGGGAGGGGGAGGGGGGCAUGCCCCCGGACCCCCAUAGAUCGUUCUGCCUCGGUGUUUUUAUAAGUCUGGCUACGGCACUGUGUCUAAUUAACUAGCUAUACAGCUUUUUAAAUCCAUUAGUAUUCACAAUAUUGCUACACAUGAACAUUCUCCAUAUUUCUUAUCUAUAUUUGAGUUUUUAUUGAUAUUGGCUACCUUGCCACGACGAUCACAUGCAUCGACAUCUUGUUUACUUGUAUAUUGUUUCACCAGAUGCUUUGAUGUAUAAGUCGAAAAAAACUUCUGUUGUGUUCUGUUCUACAAAGACUAAUAACUGUGCACGAAUCGUAUCCUUUUUUGUUUCGAUCAUUAAGUCAAAUAAGUUAAACAUAAUAAUGUAUUAAAACAAAUAUAUAUAUUUUUUGCAACUUUCAAAUGUAAGCCUAUAUUGUGUCCCUUACAGUGCGUGUUAUGGAAAGACAUGAGUAUUUGUUCUUAGUUUACUUGUAUUUAGGACAGUGUUACACGUACUCACCAAAUUUCACCUGUAACAGUCCUUCAAUGAUAUGUUUAACAGAAAAUAUGCAUUAUGAUAUGAAAAUUUUCGACGUAUAUAGAUCUGAUGAGUUUUUUUUCUGUAUAAAAAAAAACAAAUAUAAUUUUAUAAUCAAGCGAUAUUAUUUUUUUAAACUUGUUUCGUCAUAUUUUGUCGCUGGGUGAAGUUUGGUACGAAAAUGAGUAUUUUCUUAAAUUCAGAAUCAUAGCUAUUUUUCUCAAAUAAAUUUAAGCGUAAUAUAUAAAUUGUCGUGUGAAAACUCCAAACAUUCGUAGAAAUAGCAAGAUAAAUCAUGAACGUAAUUGUUUUGUUUCAACCUUAUUAUUUAAGAGACUUUUCCGAACGCUGUCAGCGACAAGAACUGACAUUGACAUUUUCAUUGUAAAAAAAACUCUUGCUUGCUAUGAAAAAAUGUAUACAGCAACGUGCAAUGUAUCUACAUGCUUCGCAAAUGUGUUGGUUAUGUUUAUGUAUGCCGGAAUGAUUGUCGUCCUCAAAGCUGCACUCUCACAGAUUGAACUUUUGACAAUUUUAUUUUUAUUUUUUUGUCUUGGAAUUAGCCAUUUUUGCGUAAAUAUCUUAAAACAAGUGAUACAAGACUGCUGUCAAAAUAUCAUAUCGCAGUUUUUGAUAUUAACGUUUGAAAACUGAUAUUUAUGAAAAAUGAGUUUUCGGCAUUUAUUUUUUAAACAAUUGAGAUCUGUUCUAUUUUAAAUCAUCUUAUAUAACUUAAUUGAAGGCAUUUUAACCAAAAUCAGCUCAUUCCGAGACAAAAACUUAAAAAGAUCAAAACUGCCAAUCUGUGUUGGUGCAGCUUUAAUAAACACUUGAUUUAGGUUGAAAUCUAAUCUGUAUGCAGUUGUCUUAAAGCUUGUUAAAUCAACGAAUUAUGUUUCAUUUUGAACAAACGCAGAAAUCUCAAGCUGUUGAGAAUCUCAAUUACUUCCGUAUUUAAUGUUUCGUGUUUUGUACAAAUUAUAUACAGUUAAGCUGGUAAUUCUGAAGAUAAGAAAAUCACAGCUUGCCAUGAAGGACUUUCUGUAAAACUGUCCACUUCUUAUUUUAUGAAUUAUGCACCUGUUUUGUCUUAGAUAUAUUACUCAAUGUCACAUUGUCAUACAUUUUGUAACCGUUUGUUGAACUUAGGAUGUUAUUUUAUACAUGUUAGGUAGGGAAUAUAAUGUACCAAAUAAAAGAAGUAAUUAUUC